AUGAGCAAGCUCGACCACGCCGUCUACGACCAAUACAUGUCUCUCGACACGGGCAACGUCACCCUUGCCGAGUACGUGUGGAUCGGCGGGUCGGGUCAAGACUUGCGUUGCAAGACCAAGACGCUGACCCACGACGUCGCGUCAGUAGCGGACCUGCCUGUGUGGAACUUUGACGGCUCAAGCACUGGCCAAGCCCCGGGCGAGGACUCGGAGGUGCUGCUGCGUCCGGUAGCCAUGUUCAAAGACCCCUUCCGUCGUGGCAAGCACCUGCUCGUGCUCUGCGACUGCCUCAAGCCGGACAUGACGCCCAUUGCCAACAACACGCGGGCAGACGCUGCCCGUGUGAUGGAGGCAGCUGCUGUCGAGGAGCCGUGGUUCGGCAUUGAGCAGGAGUACACUCUAUUCGAGAAGGACGGCGUGACGCCGUAUGGCUGGCCCCAAGGCGGCUUCCCUGGUCCCCAAGGUCCGUACUAUUGCGGGGCCGGCGCGCACUCGGUCUUUGGUCGGAUGAUCGUGGACGCCCACUACCGCGCGUCACUGUACGCAGGCAUUAACAUCUCCGGCAUCAAUGCUGAAGUCAUGCCGGGCCAAUGGGAGUACCAAGUGGGGCCGUGCACGGGCAUUGAGUCGGGCGACCAUUUGUGGAUGUCUCGCUACAUUCUGUUGCGCGUGUGCGAAGACUUUGGCGUGAACGUGUCGUGGGACCCCAAGCCGAUUCCAGGCGACUGGAACGGUGCGGGCUGCCACACCAACUACUCGACCAAAGCGAUGCGUGAAGACGGCGGCAUUGCCGCGAUCAUUGAGGCCAUUGAGAAGCUCAAGCUCAAGCACAAGGAGCACAUUGCCGCGUACGGCACAGGCAACGAGCGUCGACUCACGGGUCGCCAUGAGACAGCCAGCAUGGACACGUUCUCGUACGGCGUGGCGAACCGUGGCGCGUCGAUUCGGAUCCCGCGCGUGGCAGAAGCGGAGGGCAAGGGCUACUUUGAAGACCGUCGUCCAGCGUCCAACAUGGACCCGUACGUUGUAACGGGUCGGAUUGUCAAGACGACGAUCCUCAACGAGGCGUAA